AUUACAGCUCACAUCGCGGUGGGGCUACACGAUCAAAGAAGCUAGAAGUGCCGUUAAGCAUCCAGCUGAGGUCGAACCCUGGCAAGAGUAGCAAGCGCUGGAUAUGGGCGAUGAGGAAUUUGAGACAUGUUGAGCGUUUGUCUCCUUAGUGAAGGGCUGGAUAUAAAGAGCGGUUGCCUCGUUGUUUUGCUUGGGAAUGUUGUUGGCAGAACAGUUGCUCUUUCAAUUCUUACAAUUAAGAGGAUAAGGCAUCGAGAUGGUUCAUCUGUGCAAGCUUGCAGCCGUUGUGGCUUUGGCUGUUGCGGCGCCUUCUGCUGCCAUUGAUCCUAAUGCUAUUUAUGAUGGAGGCAUCAAGGGGAACAAUGGGACAAUCCAGCUUGCCAUCGGCAAUGGCGGUGCCGGUCAGAGUGGUCUGAUCAAAGCUCUCGCAGAUGCAUACAUUAAAGAUUCCGUCUCCAACGGCACCAAGCCCUUCAGAGUCGCCUGGUACACCAGCGACACCACCUACAGCAUCCAGUAUCUCCAGUCUGGCCUCAUCGACGUUGGCAUCACAUACAACCCGGCUGCGGAGAAGAUUGCCAUUGACCAAGGCAUCGCUAUUUCUCCUAGCUACUAUGCUUUCCGGGACCACUUUAUACUGGCCGGUCCUAUAUUCAACCCUGCCAAUAUCUCCAAGUCGACGGACAUUUACACCAUGUUUUCUCAGAUCAGACAGGUUGCCGAGAAUGAAGUGACUACACCGCCUGUGCGGUUCUUGAGCCGUUACGACAAGUCUGCUACUAACAUUAAGGACACCCUGCUGUGGGCUAGCAUUGGCCAGGUCCCUUGGGCGACUGCUUACUCUACCUGGUAUCACCAAUACAUUGCUUUCCCCAUCCAGGCCCUCACAGCUGCCAUUCUGCUGAAUGAAUACACUAUCACUGACCGUGGCACUUACCUGUCUCUGGAUGCCAAGCUGCGCAACCAGACGGUCAUUUACAAGGCCGGCUCGGACAGUGCUGACGAUCCUCUUCUGAACCCUGCCCAUAUUUUGGUCGGAAAGAAGGCUCCUCAUCCAAAGGUGGCCAGUGACUUUGCCAAAUGGGUGGUUGGGAAGAGAGGACAGGCUGUGAUUGUCGGGUUCAAGAAGGAUGGCCAGCAGCUGUAUAGCCCGGCGCCAUCAAACUCGACUGCUGAAUGAUUGUGCAUAUGAUGAUGGAUGAGUGUAUAUGAACAUACUAGGGGUUGAAUUAGAGUAAUGAUGAGUUGAUCAUGUACAUUCUGUUUAAUUUAUAAGGUAGUACAUCAUUAAUGAAUGCUUCUACAUCCAAUUAUCGCC